AUGAAUUCUCCUGAUUCGGGCAGCGUUAGAUUAAAAUGGAAAAGGUUCGUGUCCAUUCAUCGGAAGGAUUUCAACACAGUGGGAAAAUUUGCUGUGUGCUCGGAGCAUUUUACAAGGGAUUGUUUUACGCUUGCUUUUCCGAUGAAAGGCAUGAAAAGGAAUCUGAAGAAGGAGACGUUUCCAACCAUUUGGAAAAAAUCCUCUCAAACACUAUCAAAGCGGAGUCGACGAUCGGUGAGUGAAAUUACAAUGUAUUUGCGCUGUGCUUAUCACCAUUAUAUUUAUUUCCCCAUUUACCUGUGACAUGAUUUUUUCUGGCAUCGUUGUUCAAUAUUCGUGUAAUGAAUGCUCUGACUAUUUGGACUUCCCAUAUUGUUGCAUGUGUUUUCAUACUUUUCUGCUUUCUUCUCAUAGUUAUAGUAAAACGGGCAUUUGCGCUGAGUGGACGUGAAGUCAAUUUCCCAAUUCCCAGACCUUUCCACUCAAGCGUAAAAUUUAGAAAAAGUGAAGCUACAUAGAAAUCCGGCUCUCUAUUUUUUGAGAGAUUAUCUUGCUGUUACUUUGAGAUUUGACAGUACUCCAAACUUCCCUCCAAAAUGGACUAAGUCUGAUUUCUACAUUCUAUAAGUUCAGUUACUGUUUGCGGUUUUUUUUCGUUUGUACUUUAAUUCUAUUUUCACUGUCUGCAAAUGAAGCAUACAUUUUAAGGCAAAGAUGGGGUUAAACCUUGCUUCCAUUUCUACUUUUGAAAACAUCGACGUAAAGCUCAAAUUUAAACUUGUUUUGAAGGGGAGAUAUAAAAAAUGGUCGUACCUAUUUUCAUUUUUAGCUGCUAAAUGAAAUUCUGGCUGGUCAAACUACUCAUGAGGAUGCAGAGGAAGAAGACAAUCCUGAAGAAGAGGUGAUCUCCUGUACUAAAUCUAUCACUGUUUCCCCACACCCUUUACAUAUUGAAACUGUGUGCUUAUAUCCAACAUAUUUCCUGUAG